AGUGUGGCCAAGGAAAGCCUUAACCUUAACCCAUGGCCUUAUCCUCUCCCUCUCUGUUUUCAGCUCUCAACAGUAACACCACAUGUUCAGUUCCCAAAGUGUCCAAUUUCUCUUCUUCUUCUUCUUCUCACUUUCCAAUCAGACCCUCCAAUUCCAACCAUUCCCUUUCUAUCUCUCAGAGCAAAUGGAGAACAAAAGUUUCAUUCUUUCCUUCCUUUUUGAAGAAAGGCAAAGAUGCUAAGACUAUCAAAGAAGAACUACUUGAGGCCAUUGCACCGCUUGAUCGAGGGGCUGGUGCCACACCUCAAGAUCAGCAAACAGUUGAUCAGAUUGCACGCCAACUUGAAGCAGUUAGUCCAAUAAAGGAGCCCCUAAAAUCUAACCUACUUGACGGAAAAUGGGAGCUUAUAUACACUACCUCUCAGUCAAUCUUGCAAACCAAGAGACCAAAGUGGCUGAGAUCAGUUACAAAUUAUCAAGCAAUCAACAUCGAUACUCUAAGGGCCCAAAAUAUGGAAUCUUGGCCAUUCUUCAACCAGGUGACAGCUGAUUUAACACCUCUAAAUCCCAAGAAAGUGGCUGUAAAAUUCGAUACUUUCAAAAUUGGAGGCUUCAUACCUAUUAAAGCACCUGGCAGAGCUCGUGGGGAACUGGAAACUACAUAUUUAGAUGAAGAACUGAGGGUAUCAAGAGGUGAUAAAGGAAACUUGUUCAUCUUGAAAAUGGUUGAUCCAUCUUACCGGGUUCCUGUGUGAUGACAAUGUCAGCAUUGCAGUACUGUCAUAGCUUCCUGAAACCACAUGUUGGAACAUAUAGCACUCUCCGGCUAUUCAAGCUUACUUGAAGCAUUUUGGUAUUGUUCUUUCUGUACAAAAAGAUAAACUGAAACAUUAUAGAUAUUAUCUUAUGCUCUUUCAUGAGUUUUAUUUUCUUUUCCCACUUGGAAGUUUGUAUUAUGUGGAAAAUUCUAAUUCAAAAAAGGUGGUUAUCAAUAUUUAUACUACGUUUCAUAUUCCUAUUUU